AUGGCUGUAGAAUACGACCCCAUUCCCCUCUCAGACUUCGACGACAUAGACUCCGAGCGCUACAAGUCCAGGCACUGGGCUCGACGUCGACGAUGUCCCACCGCCCUCCACCUCUUCCGUAGAGCCCCGCGCCUAUUCAGGCCCGUCUACCUCAUCAUCGCAUUAUUUGCCUUCCUCAACUGGCAGAUCAUCCUCAACGCCUCAUACCAAAGCCCUCCGCCAUUCACCAUACCUCGCGAAGGGAACGUAUACAUUGCCGCGAACAUCAUCGAUGCAGACCUCAUAACGGGUGCUUGGGGCGAGUCGCUCAAGGACCUGGUGGAUUUGAUUGGGAAAGAUAGGGUCUAUGUGUCCAUAUACGGGGGCCCGGCCGCUGCGCUCAAGACUCUAGAGAGCAAGCUAGACUGCGACAACAGUCUCGUAUCCGAAGAAGACGACCCUAUAGACUUGGAUGCUCUCCCACACAUUACGCUCUCCAAUGGUAAACAAAGGACAAAGCGAAUCGCAUUCUUGGCAGAAGUGAGGAACAGGGCACUGGAGCCACUGAAUACCCUGGACAGGAAGUUUGACAAGGUGCUGUUCAUCAACGACGUGUUCUUCUCAGCAGCCGAUGCAGCGAGGAUCUUGUGGGGCACCAACGUCAACGCUCAGGGUGUGUCGGAAUAUAAAGCCGCAUGCGCGAUGGACUUCAUCAACAGCUGGAAAUACUACGACACGUUCGCCACGAGGGAUUUCGAAGGUUAUAGCAUGGGAUUGCCGAUCUACCCCUGGUUCUCGGGUGAAGGAAAUGCAGUCAGCAGGAGGGAUGUGUUGGCGGGCCGCGACGCUGUCCGAGUCAAGAGUUGCUGGGGCGGCAUGGUCGCGUUCGAUGCGCGGUAUCUUCAGGCCGACCUUUCGUCUACUACCAAGACCAGAGCGACGAGUGAGGAGCCCAAGGACUUGGCUUCAAGGAAUGUCGAGCCUCCGCAACUGCCGAUCCGCUUCCGCUCAGAGCCAGAACCUUUCUGGGAUACUAGCGAGUGUUGUCUCAUCCACGCUGAUAUUGUGGCUGCCACGCCGUUCCAAGCUCCGUCCAAAGAGGUUAGCAAAAUGUACGGCGAUGGGAUCUUUGUGAAUCCUUAUGUGCGCGUGACAUACGAUGCGAGCACAUACAAUUAUCUCUGGCUAGUGCAGCGCUUUGAGAGGCUGUUCAGGGGACCCCAGUCGAUCAUCAAUAGCAUUGCGAAGCUGCCAAAAUAUAACUAUAGGAGGGCAGAGGCAGAAGGCGAUAUAGUUGAUGAUAGGGAGUGGGUCCCGAAUACAACAUCCCGCACACGAAGUGAGCUCGACGGAGAGAGCUCUUGGCAAGUCUCGGAGACAGCAAGUAGCAGGGUGAAGCGCGGCUCCACCAAGGCAGGAAAGGGAAAGGAGUAUUGGGAUAAAAAGGGUCAUUACGUCGACGUGAAGAGAGAAGCGACGCGGGGCGGGUACUGUGGGGUCAGAUCACUAUUGGUACUGAAAGAGAGCAAAGGGGAAGGGGAAGGGAACUGGGACACCAUGCUUGACGAGGUGCCACCGUUGGAGAACUGA